UUUGGCUCUGGCCGCCCUGCUCCCAUUGUGUGUGAGAUAGUAAAUACUGACACUGCCAGACAAGCAGAGCACAUAUUUCACCGCGCGAAUUAAAACACGUUCACCUGAGGUGAUAUUGACUAACAAUGGCCCGUACAAAGCAGACUGCUCGUAAGUCCACUGGAGGAAAAGCUCCUCGUAAGCAGCUGGCUACCAAAGCUGCCCGCAAGAGCGCUCCCUCUACUGGAGGAGUCAAGAAACCCCAUCGCUACAGGUGUGAUUUCAGACUUACAACAGCUAAAAAGGGGUUUGCCACUGCGGUUAAGCAUAAAAUUAAGCAUAUUUUUGUUUGCAGGCCUGGAACUGUGGCUUUGCGUGAGAUUCGUCGGUAUCAGAAGUCCACUGAGCUGCUGAUCCGCAAGCUGCCAUUCCAGCGUCUGGUUCGAGAGAUUGCCCAGGACUUCAAAACUGACCUGCGUUUCCAGAGCGCCGCUAUUGGUGCACUGCAGGAGGCCAGCGAGGCAUACCUGGUGGGUCUGUUUGAAGACACUAACCUGUGUGCCAUCCAUGCCAAGCGUGUCACCAUCAUGCCCAAAGACAUCCAGCUGGCACGCCGCAUCCGUGGAGAGCGUGCUUAAACUUUCCCUCUCUUUCUAUCGUCCUCUUUAUUUCUUUCUGUCUCUCCACUUGUUCUCCUCCUGCUUUUCUUGGUAGAGUUUAGAGUAUCAGUGAUGGGGAGUAACUUUGUCUCAGUCUGCUAGUGCUGUCUAAAAUGACGCGUAGGGUACCUAUAUGUGCAUGUAACAGGUGCUGCUGAUCACACACACACAUGCAUGUGCACAAACUCACAAACAAAGACGCAUACUCAAACACGGUCACAUAUGGAGCCCAAACGAGGUCCACUAAUGCCCGGUUCAGGGCCACACAUUCAACAUGCACGUAAUGAGAAGAAGCUUCAACCUGCACUCACACUUACUCCACUGUCCUGAGAGAAAACAGGGUGGUGUCUGGGGUCAGUCUGCUUAAGGGGAGCGGAAACUUCCACAGCAGGGUGCUACUAAAACUGCCUCAGUCCACCUGAAACCUCCUCCAGAACCCCAACCACAGUUUAAUCCCGGCCUCUCUGUUCUCCUUAAUCCAUCCAGUGCUUUUUCAGUUCUCACUUGGCCCUUCAUAGUGGAGGUGGGUGUGGGCUCAGGCUUCUUCUCUGUGUGAGUGUCUGUGGGUGAUGUGAUCAGCAAAGCAGAAUCGUAUUCAACUGCAAACCAGCAUCUAUUGGUUAAAAGGUUGUUACUUGUAAUAUUGAUGAUUACUAUUAUUGUUGAUAUGGUGUCUUUUCUUUUUUGUUUUUUACAAUGCAUACAUAAAUUGUUCUUUAGGGGAAAGAAAUGAUUAAUCCGCCGAGAAUCAGUUUAUUUUCUUUAUUCAUGUUGUAGUGAAAGCCGAUCCUGCUCCUCCUGUUAUAACUUCAGGCAGCCACAGGGGGGCGCUCUAAACCAGCCUCUCAUUCAACCUCACUGUUCAACUAACAUCCAGCUCUCCCUUUCCUCCUUCGUCUUUCUCACUCUUUUUCUCUCGUUUUUUCCACUCUAUAAAUUCCAAUUUUGUCAAAUUAAAGAUCGGCAUUAGAGUCACAGAGUGUAGCAAAAAUAUUCCUUAUGUUUAGAUGAACUCUAGUACUGAGUCGUUCACUUUGUUUGGGUAGAACUUUGCUCCUUCCCUUUCUUCGUGAUACACAAUGUAACCUCAUGUUUGUGCUUUUAUUUUUCUUAUUCGGAAAUUGAAAUAAGCUGAUCUUUGUAUUUUCCAAAUUUCUCAUAUUCUGGUGGUAAUAAAUAGAUGUUACACAAA